GCCUGGGGCCUCCGGCGCCGCGGGGGCGGACCGAGCGCGUCAGCCCGCGGCGCCUUACGUGACGUCAUUGCACGGCGCCGGCAGGAAGUGGCUCUGGGCGGCGCACGUGGGGGGUGGCGCGGCGGCAGGGCGCAUGGCGAGUUCUGCGGGGCUGGCGCUGUGCGGGCAGACGCUGGUGGUGCGGGGCGGCAGCCGCUUCCUGGCCACCUCCACUGCGAGCAGUGAUGAUGUCCUCUUCGCAUAUGAUUGCAGCACGGCAGCAGAGAAGUCACAAGAAAGUAAAGGGGAGGACGGGCAGCCCGUGGAUAAGGGGAGUGACACGAUUCUGGCGUCAACCUUCUCCAAGUCUGGCACCUAUUUUGCCUUAACUGAUGACAGUAAGCGUCUGAUUCUUUUCCGUACAAAACCAUGGCAAUGUCUGAGUGUCAGGACCGUGGUGAGGAGGUGCACGGCCCUGACCUUCACAGCCUCCGAGGAGAAACUUCUGGUGGCCGACAAGUCUGGAGAUGUUUAUUCCUUUUCGGUGUUGGAGCCACAGGGAUGCGGCAAGCUUGAACUUGGGCACCUGUCGAUGUUGUUGGAUGUGGCCGUGAGUCCCGAUGACUGCCACGUCCUCACCGCCGACCGGGACGAGAAAAUCCGGGUGAGCUGGGCCGCGGCACCGCACAGCAUCGAGUCCUUCUGCCUCGGGCACACGGAGUUUGUGAGCCGCAUCUUCGUGGUGCCCGACCACCCCGAGCUGCUUUUGUCCGCGUCCGGGGACCGCACCCUGAGGCUCUGGGAGUACAGAAGUGGCCGAGAGCUGCACUGCUGUCACCUGACCAGCCUGCGGGAGCCGGCGGAGCCCUGGGGUGACGAGAGGUUUGCUGCCUCCAGGAUCACUUACUGGAGCCAGGACGGCUGCGUGGCGCUGCUGUGUGACUGUAUUCCCGCGAUCUACGUUUUCCAGCUCGAUGCCGCCAGACAGCAGCUGGUUUACAGACAGCGGCUGACGUUUCGGCACAGAGUGUGGGACAUCGCUUUCGAGGAGGGCCGGGGACUGUGGGUCCUGCAGGACCACCGGGAAGCCCCCCUCGUGCUCUGCAGGCCUGUGGGCGGCCAGUGGCAGGCUGCUCCUGAAGACGCCGCGGUAGAGAAAGUCUCCGCCCAUCUCCGGGGGAACUGGGCCAUGCUGGAAGGCGUGGCUGGCGUGGACGUCGGUUUCAGUGGUCUCUACAAGGCCACCUUUGACAACGUGACUGCCUACCUGAGGAAGAAGGAGGAGAGGCUGCAGAAGCGGCGGCAGAACCCGGCUGCUGGGCCUAACGGGCAGGCCAAGAAGAUGAAGCCGGGGGAGGCGUCCCUGAGGUGCUCGUCCUAGCCGCCCCCGCACUCUCGUGGCCUCAAGCCAAAGCCGGCUCUGCUGUCCCCUCUGCCCGCGGCUCCCCGUAAGAAAUGGGGACAUCGUUCCCGACCCACGCUUGGUGGCAGUUAGGUCCGCACCAGCUCCGCACGCGCGUGGGCCGUCCCAGAGAACUGGUCGGUAUCCUGGCUCUAGAACUUUCCUCCGCCGAACAGGCUCUUCUGCCUGGCGUCUUGGGCACCCUUCUGGUUGAAGGGAAACCAGACGGCCUGGUACUCAGCCAGAGAUGCAACGAGUGGUGCCGGUGCCUUGAAGCGCCUUUUCUUCGUAUCGGAGGAGACCGGAACCUGUGGUGGGCGUGGCGGCUGUGGAGCUUCCACUGUUCCCGUGGCGCUGGACGCUUCUCCUCCAGGGGAGUCCGCGAGCUCUACGGCAGCGUGGGCGGCACGUUUCGUCCCUGUGUCUCCCUCUAGAUGGUGGGGCGUGCUGUCCGGCGUGGGGGCCGCCGCCGGGCGGGGCCCGAAACCCAGGCGGGGUGGCUCCGUUCCUCCGGUGGCCGCCACCGCCGUCUGCUCGGUCCCCGCCGCCGUGACGUGAGCUGGUCGGGUCGCGGGGCGCAGACUGGACUUCUUCGGGGCGUGAGGACCCGGGAGCCCCGACCGGAACCCAGCUCUCCAGGGAAACGGUGGAGGGUGUUACGUAUAUCUGUGAUUUCCGCGUCAACGCUGCAUGGGAUGCAAAGACCCGGGGCAUCUGCUGGAUUCUAAUCACCGAUGAAUAGAGAUGAGCUUUUUGCAGUUUCUGGAAAUGUUUAGGAGCAACAUUUGGAACUAAUUUCAAAAUAUAUGGAGCAAAACCGUCUCUGAUGAGUGUACUGUCUGUGACUGAAAUGCUGACUUGUUAAUGUGAAAAAGCGUUUUUUUGGUGGGUAGUCUUUA